ACAGAAAACUUGAAUUUGAGUACCUUCGGAAAAUGUUAUACACCCCUGAUAUAACUGUAACAUACACUUCAAUUUUCCACGGCACGCGACACAGUCACAGUUAGUUCACACCGCGUCAAUCAUGUCAGCGCCUCGCACUCAUCCACUAUGUAUCUAAUACUCCUGCUACUGAUACAAGUGCACGCAGAGUGGGUGGAGAUCUAUCAGCAACAUUAUAGGAAACCUCUACGACCCAGCUAUACGUACACCGCCCUCGAAAAACCUGUCUUCGAAAGAACAACCAAAGGAAAUCGUAUUUACAUCAACAAUUCAAUACCGGAAUAUCACUGGAAUAAAGCAAUACACAAUGUACCCAAUGACGACGUACGAAGAUAUGAGUAUGAAACUUCUAGUACGACUGUAAUCUCCAAACAUGAAAUUUCUGAACAAAAACCUAUGACGAUCUUUAACGUUGAAGAUAUUGAGUCGAAAAAAAAGGCUAUCAUGAAACUACCUAAACCGGUUACAGACCAAAGUAUUAAAACAGCAGAUUUGAUUAAUCAUGAGGUCCCGAAAGUAAACAGCGCAGUGAUCGUCCAGCGUUUAAAGUCUACUGAAGCCACGGUUAAGCCUAUUAAAUAUGAUGAUGAUUUUGAAAUAAAGCCUUUGGAAGUUUAUAAUUUAUCCGAUGUUGAGUUGAUCACUGGAGAAUAUACAGCAACAAUCAUCAAUAAUAAAAAUGUCUACGCACCAUUAACCACCAGUGAAGCUACAAUGUUUAAAACACCAUCGGAACAUCCGCUGGUAACAAAAGUACCGAAUCGAGAAUUGACUAAAGUGACUGAACAGGAUUUAUUCGAACAUGAUUGGCCAACUAAUGAAGACCGAUACGAAUAUGCAGUUAAAAUAGUUCCGAGUACUAGCAAUAAGAGAAGAGUUGACAUCAUACGGAAAACUCAUAAUCCAAACGUGCUAAAAACUACAAAUGAUAACAUUUUUGAAUCUCAUAAACCUACUAACUCAUGGGCAUCGAAAUCUAAAUAUAAUUUGGAAAUGGAUAGUGAAAUGUCAAGCUUUGAAAAGAUAGUUUUUGAGCGAGAUACAACUCUUACUCCCAAAAUACGAUCAAGUUCGAAACCCCAAACCGUGAAACAAAAAGCUACAAUAAAGGCCUCAAAUAUAACAAUCCAGCCAGAAACUGAAAUAGAAACAGCCAUUUUCGAAGGUAAUAAGGAGCAAACUAAGCUAAUACAUUUAAGCACUAACAUUAAUCCGAAGACCGAAUUAAAAGUAGACAAGAAUAGGAUUCAAAACAAUAGUUCCAUCCCUACGACAGACCCUGACAAGGUGAUGAUAUAUGAAAUACUAGAAGAUCAUGCAAUGUCAUCAGAAAUUACCACCCAAAAACUUUCACUAAGUAACUUAGGUAAUAUAAAAAAAGUGUAUCCUACCAAAAUUACAAAAGUUGAUAAAAAUGGACAUGAAAUUGACAGCUCCUUUACACGUCUACCUUCUACUGAAGCAACUUUUACGGAUGAUGAAUUAGCAAUUAUACAACACAAUAAAGAAAAUCAAGAUAAAAACUUCCAAAGAAUCCCAUUCCAAGCAAAUAUCAAACAGGCAUCAGUUAUUACACAAAAAGGUUUCAAUAAAACAACAGAGAAAAAAACGGGAAUUGUUCAUCCUGUAGCUACACAAACCACACAAGACUUAGAAGCAGUAAUAGUUUCCGUAAACGAUGAUAAAAUUUACAAAAAACCUUUUAAAGAAAAUUUUAAACUAAUACCAAAAGUUACUACAACAAACAAAACGCCUACUUUAACUACUGCAGCGACAAAGUACAACAUUGAUAUUUUUAAUAAAGUUACAGGACCAACUGAUUCUAGUAGCUAUGAGAGACAUAUCACAUUACAACAUAAGAUUCCUGAAUUCAUUACAAAAGAGGAGGACUUCAAUCGUGAACAAGAAUCUGACGAUACAAAAGUUAUAGAAAACGAAAAUGUUGAUAUUGAUGUGCAAAAGUAUGAUAUUGAUUCAAAUGUAAAUGACAUGGACACGGAAGACGUAGAAACUAGUAUUAAAAAAGUAAGUGAUGAAAUGGUAACAGAAAACCCGAACAAAGUUAAAAGUGAAGCCAAGCAAGAUAAUUUCGAGACUAUAGCUGAAAAUACGAAGCAAGAAACAUUAUCAAGUGAAAACAUACCAAACACAAUGAAAACUAUGAUGAAAGUUCUGAAAAUAGUAACAGAUACUAUUAAAAGAAAUACGAGAAAAAACGUCAAUAGUAAAGUGCGAUAUUUGGAACGUCUACGAGAUACUAUUUCUAAAACUAUUGAAGACAGCAUCGAGGCUGCAUUCCCCGACGACAACCCUGCAAAAUCCUCCCGGAACCGCAUGACACGCUCCACUCAAGCCCUGCCACGCGGGCAUGUUGAGUUCCCAUCUUCGGAGAGUGCACUGAUGACUAUUUCCUUCCUUACUUUUGCUGUGUACCUUAUUAAGUUGGUAUUGCAAAUUAUUCAAGCCUACAAGAAUAAAACAAUGAUGAUGAUGCCGACCGUCGUAGCUGCUAUUGGACGAGCCUACAGCUACGGUCGCUCUAAACAUUGAUUUUUAAUUAUAAAUUUAUUGGUAACCCUA